GCAAUGAGUGCUCAGUGAAUUAGUUUGAGCCUGUUGGUGUGAAUUCCUCACGAUGGCCAACCUCACCAUGGUCGACAUGACCGCUGAGAACGGCACAUCGCCGGCGCCGGACAACCAGACCCUGGGUGUCUGGACCGACUACACGGUCGAAUACAAAGUGGCCAGCGUGUUCUUGGUCACCCUCAUCUGCGGACUGGGCAUCGUGGGCAACGUGAUGGUCAUACUGGUGGUCCUGACCACCAAGCACAUGCGGACCCCCACCAACUGUUACCUGGUGAGCCUGGCCGUGGCCGACCUCAUGGUGCUGACGGCCGCCGGGUUGCCCAACAUCACCGACGCCCUGCACGGCCAGUGGGUGUACGGUUACGCAGGCUGCCUGGGGAUCACCUAUUUCCAAUACCUGGGAAUAAACGCGUCCUCGUGCUCCAUCACCGCGUUCACCGUGGAGCGCUACAUCGCCAUCUGCCACCCCAUCAGAGCGCAGUUCCUGUGCACGCUGUCCAGGGCGAAGAAGAUCAUCCUGCUGGUGUGGACGCUCACCUCCGCCUACUGCGUCAUGUGGCUCUUUCUGGCCGACACCAAGACGCUGGCGUACGACAACGUGGUGCUGCUCAGCUGCGCCUACAAGGUGUCCAGGAGUUACUACCUGCCCGUCUACUUCACGGACUUCGCCGCGUUCUACGUGCUGCCCCUCAUGCUCGCCACGGUUCUGUACGGACUGAUCGCCCGGAUCCUGUUCGUCAACCCGCUGCCCGCGGACCCCCAAGGGGGCACCAAGAAGUGGAAGAAAGAGACGAGCCAGGGGGGGAGGAUGAUCGGCACCUGCUCCUCCAGCAGCACCACGGCUGCCUCCCGCAGACAGGUGACGAAGAUGCUGGCCGUGGUGGUGGUCCUCUUCGCCUUACUUUGGAUGCCCUACCGCACCUUAGUGGUGGUCAACUCCUUCCUGGACAAAGCCUACCUGGACACCUGGUUCCUGCUCUUCUGCCGUCUCUGCAUCUACCUAAACAGCGCCAUCAACCCGGUCAUCUACAACGCCAUGUCCCAGAAGUUCCGCGCCGCUUUUAAGAAGUUGUGCCACUACGGCCCUCAGCACAUGGAGAAACCGGCCUCUUACAGCGUGGCGCUCACCUACAGUGUCAUCAAGGAGACGUCCAACGGGGAAAGUCCCGACCACUUCACGACGGAAAUGGACGAGGAGCUGAACACUCCGACAGAUCGGUACUUACCCGCCGGCAUCCUGCCGAGUGCCAAGAAGAUGCCGUUCGCGGAGCCUUCCCCGUCAGGUAGUGAUGUCAAAGCCUGACGGAAAACAAAUUUUCCACCUGAAGUGGAAUGGAUUCAGCCCCCAGAGGGACAUUUGAGAGACAGGUUAAAUACGCAGACAUCCCCCUUUCAAUUAAAAGUUGCCAAAAGCCAAAUAGUAUGGCAUUUGAUGAGCUAACUGUUAAAAAAAAAAAAAAAAGCAGGCAACUUUCAUGAAUCUUGCAAAAAUACAGUUAAUUAAUAAAUUGAUGAAGCAAACCGAAACUAAAUUGAAGCAAACUGCCUCCAUCCACUUCCUCUCUUCCUCCCCCCUUAACAGAGAGAAGCUUCACAAGUGGACAUCAUGGGGCUGAGUGAUACGUUAAAAACAUUUGAUCACCAUAUUUAUAUUGAUAUUUAAUCAAGGACGAGGACGUUUUUGUUGUUGUUGUUUUUUUGUUGAGCUCACGAUUCACUCGCAAGGAACGUUGAAGCGAAACUAAAUGACCAAGAAUUGUGUCACCUGAAGACGGGGACAUCUAUUUAAAUGACUAAACUGUACAAAAAUAUACAUAAAAUCCUCAUGAAUCCCGUUGUGUGAAAUGUUUACAGCCAUGGAGCGUGUAUAUCUUGGGUCAAUUGCGUUCAUCAGUGCAGUAAUGUUCCAGUUGGUUGAGACUCGGCUCUAAUUACUGGUGAGAGUACGAGCAUCAGAGGGAGAUGCUGCAGGUUGAACAUAGUUCCUUUUUCUUCCUGUUAUUGGUACACAUCACCUACAGUAUCUGUUGUGCGAUGUCGAUGUGUCAGACUUUAGAAUACAUCGGCCUCACCCUGUGUGGACCCGUUUCAUCAACGCUGUGGCCUCAUUUCCCUUGCAUGGCUCGGCUCGACUGGCUAGUUUUUCCACUGCAGAUAACGGGGUACCCGGGUAAAAGCCAAAUUGCCAUGACGUCACCUUCAACGUGUGACUCACUGGACAUCUUGUCAUCGACAACCAAACAGUCUGCACUCUGACAAUUGUCGUAGUUUUGCAGGUUGACUUUUCUUUUUUUUUUUAGUCGAGUACAACAAUCGUGGUCGCUACUGACGAUAGCUUGGCUAUUUAAAAAAUGGUGGGUUUGUGCGUGACGUCUCUCAGCUGCAUCUCGUACGCAUAUUGUGUCGUAUUAGCUUCCUGGCUAACGAGAAUUCAUGCGGAAUAGCGGAAAACGUCAAGCUAGCUUUUAGUGGUCAGUAAAUACCUCCAAAGGCCGCUUGCUAAACCACCGCAACGUGUCUCGUUUUCUUUUUCCUCCACGUGUCACAUGCACAAGAUGUAAUGUGUGGUGGGCGUGGAGGCUUCAAGGGUUUUUAAAGUCGCCGAUGGACCGGGCGGAAAGUAAUGAGAAUCGUACGUCAGUCGAAUUACUUUUACCGUUGAGAAAUUUUGUAAAGUAUUGUAAUUUAAAUGAAUAAUGUGUAAUGUGUAAAUUAUGCCAUUUUUUCAAGCAACAUAUGAACCGAUUACUGUCUUGGGAUUGGGUGGUAUGCUAAAGCAUGCUGUCAAGCAAUUUGUGUUCAUCUACAAUGUAUCAAAGUCUCACAUCUCAGUGCUAACCCGGUUUCACUCGUAGCAUUAGUCUCUCUUUGUUCACGAACCUCUCCCACCAGCAACCGUGUCAUUCAGAUGAAUCCAAAACCGUGACAUUUUAAUCUCGCUGCCGAGAGAAAGCACAGACAUUGAAUUACAUGACUUUUUGAGAAGAGUCGAGACAAGGACGAAUAAUUUAAAACCUGCUGUGUCAUCGAAAACACCUCCCGAGCUCUAAUGAUUUCUGCGGGGGACUUUAGUGUGAACAGGGACAGGCACCAAAGCCUUAUGAUGGUCACCGUGAAGACGACCACUCGGGACUCAGGUCAGUGGCCCGUUGUAUGAUUAUGAGGGUGUGACUCUGGUGUGCAGACCGAGAGAGGCUGUUCGUCAAAGGGUCACAUAGCUGUCAUGGCGGUAAUUCUCUGAUAUUGCCAGAGACUGCCGAGCGCAGCGCUUUUUUGAUCCGUCCAA